CUCUAUGCAUGAAUUUCUCCCCAGAAUAACGCGCUACUCCAAAUCUCAGCUCAUCCCACGGCUGAAGACAUGCCUAAAAUCUACAAAGGUGAUUGAAAAUACACCUGUCUGCAGACAGUUCCCGACAAAGCUGUCUUACAUAGAGCUAUCUUCAUUCGAUCGAGUCUUCCCAGGCCCAUUGCUCUUUGGACGUCAAUUGGCGAGCGAGGAAUAUUACAUACCGUUCGAACCCAGGCGCAAUAAUAACAUCAGCAGUGCACAAAAAAGCUACGUCUGGAGACAGACGGACGCUGGCAUCAAAAUGAAAUGCUGGUUCCAGUUCUUAAGCACGCCUACCGCGGACACGCCUGGCACGACACUCCUCCUACAUUUCGACAGCAAGAGAUACCUCGUUGGAAAUGUUGCAGAAGGGACACAACGUGCUGCUGUGCAGAGGAAGCUGGGCUUGGUCAAGGUUUGCGAUAUCUUCCUGACCGGGACGACGAACUGGGCAAAUACUGGAGGCUUGAUGGGAAUGAUUCUCACACUGGCGGACUCGGUCACGGCUGCGUUCGAGGGCAAAGUAGAGAAGCUCAAGCAAUCGGAAAAGAAGCAGGGGAAGGAAGCUGCUACAAUUGAAAAGCCUUGGCUGAACAUACAUGGUGGAGAGAAUUUGACGCAUACAAUUGCUACAGCUCGACGAUUCAUCUUUCGGAAGGGCAGGCCACUGUAUACGAAUGAGUUCAGAUCCAGGGACCCAUUACCAGAGGACUGGGAACCUACUUGGAAAGACGAGUUGAUCAAGGUCUGGGCUAUGGUCAUAGAUCCCGAGACUCGAAGUCCGAGGAAGAGAAGUCAUGACGAGUUCACGGAAGACGUACCGUUGGUUUCUACAGAUGGAGAGCAAGAAUCCAAAGAGGAUCUUGAGGAUCGAAAUGACCAAAUCCGCAAAGCAGUUGUGUCACAGAUGUUUGACUCGGAUUGGCGCUUGGAUGCAUUAGUCAAGAUGAAGCUCUCGGAGGUGAAGAAACCAGCAGGAAUUUUCCGAAGAAAUGAGCAAGGCAAGAUUGAGAAAUACAUUGGUCCAACAGUGGAUGAGGACCCUUCUGUUGCGAACAUCGAUGUUCUGGUGCGGAACCCUUGGCCUGCGGCCAUGAUCGACGAUCUUCCGCCUGCUCGGCCAUGCUCGAGCUCAGUCUGCUAUAUCAUCAAGACCUAUCCCCAACGGGGUAAAUUUAAUGUUGCAGCCGCUAAGGCCGCCGGUAUCAAGCCAGGGAUCGACUUCAGAAGGUUGACAGAAGGUGAAAGUAUCACUACAGCUGACGGCAAUAUUGUGACCCCUGAUAUGGUCUUGGCUCCGACCAAGGAAGGUGGUGGCUUUGCCAUCGUUGACCUGCCAAAUGAAUCCUAUAUUGCACCACUACUUGCUCGAGGCGAAUGGUCUUCUGAAAAGGUUAUGGCUGGUCUUGAAGCAGUAAUAUGGAUUUUAGCUCCAGGUCUCGUGGAAGACCCAAGACUGCAGAAAUUCAUGACAGAGCAUAACCAUCUUAAGCACGUUGUUUCUUCAACAGAUUGUUGCUCAAACUACCUCGCUCUAGAAUCUGCUGCUUCAGCUGCUAUCCGCUUGCAUAUGUUCGAUUCUGAACGUUUCCCAACCCCAAAAUUCAGCAAUGAGAUUAAGCCUAAGAAAGACGACAGUCCGCGUCCAUAUUUGAAGGCAAGAGCGGGUCUCACAUUUCAGCUCCAGCCAAAGACUGAGCUUAAGGAGGACACCAUUAUUCCCUACCUUGACACCGCUACGGUCGUCCGGGACUUCAAAACAGAGUCAAAAGAUGUUGUUGACCUAGCAGAUGCUGCUCGAGAGCAAAUCGCUAGCCCAGAAUAUCAAGCCCAACUUUCAGAGAACCAAGCAGAUAUACCGAGCAAGGACGCCGAGGUUAUUACUCUAGGAACUGGAUCUGCAUUGCCGUCGAAGUAUCGAAAUGUUUCGGCGACGUUGUUACGAGUUCCUGGCUACGGGAGCUACCUAUUAGAUGCCGGAGAGAAUACCCUGGGUCAGCUGAAAAGAGUCUUGGGAGACGAAUUGCCUGCCGUGCUGCGUGAUUUGAAGGCCAUUUGGAUCAGCCAUCUCCACGCUGACCACCACCUUGGCACUACUUCGGUUAUCAGGGCGUGGGCUGAAGCAACCAAGUGUGAUGAAGCGACAAAAGACAACAAACUUCUUAUGGCUUCUCAUAGAGACAUGCAUAGAUGGCUCGCGGAGUAUGCACAAGUUGAGGACUUCGGUCACAAUAGAACGGUACCCGUACACAUGAGAUAUUCGGACGCUGACUACUACAACUUGUCUGCAGAGGAUACGGAGAAAUAUGGCUUGACUUCAAUCGCUGCAUGUGGCGUGGAGCACUGUUUUGGAGCUUUGGCUGUUGCCUUCACCUUCCCUAACGGUUUCAAGGUUGCCUACUCUGGAGACUGCAGGCCAUCGCACAAAUUCGUCAAGAUUGGUAGAGAUGCCACAUUGUUGAUCCACGAAGCUACUUUCGACGACGAGCUUCAAGGCGACGCUAUGGCCAAGAAACACUCGACUACUUCUGAAGCCUUGGAUGUUGGUCGAAGAAUGGGUGCAAGACGGAUACUGCUUACUCACUUCUCUCAACGGUAUCAGAAGAUCCCCAUUAUGGAUAGUCACGGCGGGAAGGAUCAAGUGGCUAUUGUUGCUUUUGAUUACAUGCGUUGCAAGAUUGAGGACUUUGUCAAGUUGGAGGCCUUCAAGCCUGCUUUGAUGAAGCUCUAUGAAGACAAGGAAGAUUAGAGCUUUCCAUACCCUGUUUCUCUGCUCUUGAAUACUGCAUGGGUGGCGUUGGUGGACAUCUUGAGGAUACAAGGCGCAUGAAACUGAGGGGUUGAGCAAAUUCAAUGCAUAGCGAACACAGAAAAGCGAAUCUUGUAUAAAUAGCAUUGUAAUCACCACCAGAAUCUAAAAGACC